UAACCAACAGCAAUCAAUAAAUUUCAUGUUCAUGGCCUCUUCCGAUUAUUUUUAUGCUCCUGCAUCACACAAGUUAAAACCUUCGCCAUAAAUAAAUACAUCAUCGCCGAUCGCAAGAGAAGUUGUGUGAAUCGUUCACCCCUUUCAUCUAGAUAUGGAGGAAAAACACGUUCUGAUACUGCCCUUCCCAGCACAAGGCCACAUCAAGCCCAUGCUAUGCCUAGCAGAGCUCCUCUGCCACGCCGGCCUACAUGUCACCUUCGUCAACACCCACCACAACCACCACCGUUUAAACAACAUCAAAGACCUCUCAACUCGGCACCCUACUCUUUGCUUUGAGUCCAUAUCUGAUGGCUUACCUGAAGAUCAUCCACGUGAUAUCCAACAACACAUCACGGAGCUAAUUAAGUCAAUCCAGAAUGUUACCAAGCCACUUUUUCGAGAUCUGUUGAGAAGUCAACGAUCCAAGGCAUCGCAGCAUCCGGUCAGCAGUGUAAUAACGGAUGGGAUUAUGUCUUUUGCCAUUGAUGCUGCGGAAGAGUUGAAGAUGAAGGUGAUUGUCUUUCGGACUUUCAGUGCUAGUUGUUUAUGGGCUUAUUUCUGCUUACCUAAACUCAUUGAAGAACGGGAGAUUCCUUUUCCAUGUGAGUUUAAAGCAUUUAUUUCUUCAACAUAUAUAAUUGUCUCUUGCUACUUGUCCUUUUGUUUCUCUGUUUCCUUUUUGUUUUUUCUUAUAAUGAGAUAAUGAGUUAUAUAACAAAUGAUGUCCCUUCUC